CAACUUUUAUUAAAAUAAAACCAUUUAAACUGGGUGUUCGGAUUUAUAUGUCACUUAGGGCCGGUUGUUCAACUCCAGUUUAAACCGCUGUUCAGAUUGAACUAAGUUCAAAGUUGAAAGUCAGUUGUACAAAUAAAGCUCAAGGCUUGAACCCAGUUCAAGUAGGCAUAGAACCUGACCGGUCGAUGUCCCUCGGUUAAACUCAGUUCAAUGUGAGUAACAUAAAUAUCGUAGCAAAGUUUAGCGAAGGAGUUGUGUGUUAAGUUUAAAAAUGGACAUUCCCGAAGAGAUAACUGAUUAUGAGGACUUCUUAGAAUUAAUAACCAUCAUACAUAUACCCAGGUUACCCAAAACUUACAAACAGAGACCUGAUAAUUUUCGGAUUUGGAACGACACUCAAUUCUUGCAACGUUUUAGGUUAUCAAAAAGUACUGUUAGAUCCAUAAUAGAUAAAAAAUCAUGCCCUCACGCCAGAUGA